GGGCUGAGCGCGUUGCCCGGCAGGGCGGAACCCAGGGGCGCUCGGUCCCCGGCAGCCCCGCGCUCUCCCCAUGGAGGCCGUCCCACGCUCUGCGCCGGCCAGCAGAGGCGGCUCCGGCCGCCGGGCAUGCGGGGCCUGGGGGGGAGGCGUCUGGCAGCCGCGGCCCCGGCCCUCUGCCGUCCGCUCCGGGCGGGGCCUGCCUCCCCUCCGCCUCCUGCCUCUGCGGGCGGCGCGCCGCGCUCCGCCGGCCCCCGCCAUGGCCGACAGCCCGGGCCCCGCUGGCGGCGGGCGGCCGCGCUGCCCCCGGGCCGCCCCCGCGGUGGAGCCGGUUCUCUUUCUGGGCACCGUGGCGCUGGCCCUGCAGGCCCCGCUCUGCACCCAGUACCUGUGGGACCGGCUCGGGGCCGAGCUCGGCUACAACGGCUCCGCGGCCAGCGGCGCGCCCGGCUGCGGCAACGCGAGCGGCGCGGGGGACCCCCGGCAGCAGGAAGUGGCGACCUUGGCCUCCCAUUGGAACCUCUACAUCAACCUGGCAGGCUUCUUUGUGGGUCUCUUCUCCGUGACUCUCUUUGGACCAUGGAGUGACAGCGUGGGUCGGCGUCCCACACUCAUCCUGCCUGCUGUGGGCAUGGCCUUGCAGGCUGCCAUCUAUCUCCUUGUCAUGUACUUGAGGCUGCCUGUUGGCUACUUCCUGCUUGGGCGCAUUCUCUGUGGCCUUAUGGGGGACUACAACCUGAUCCUGGCCAGCUGCUUUGCCUACGUGGCGGACAUCAGUGACCAGCGUUCCCGUACGUUCCGUGUAGCCAUCCUGGAGGCGUGCCUUGGCAUGGCAGGCAUGUUGGCCAGCAUCAUUGGAGGGCAGUGGCGCAAAGCUCAGGGCUACAUCAAUCCUUUCUGGCUCGUGUUUGCUGUCAGUCUUGCCACUGCCCUCUAUGCUGCUCUUUGUCUCCAGGAAUCGGUGAAGGAGAGGAAACCAGCCAAGCUGUUCACCCUCAGUCACUACGUGUCUGUGUACAGGCUGUAUGUAGCCCCAGGGUACCAGAGAUCCAGGCAGAAGCUUGCUCUCUACUCUCUGACUUUCUUUCUCAUUGUCACCAUCCACUUUGGAGCCAGGGACAUCUUUGUCCUAUACGAACUCAGCUCCCCUCUCUGCUGGGGCUCUGAUCUGAUUGGCUAUGGCUCAGCGGCUAGUUACCUGACUUACCUGAGCAGCCUGGCAGGGCUGCGGGCACUGCAGCUGUGCCUUGAAGACACCUGGGUAGCAGAGUUAGGAUUGCUCUCCAACAUCUCGGGCCUGGUUCUGAUUUCACUUGCUUCCACGACACCACUGAUGUUCACAGGUUAUGGAAUCCUGUUUCUUUCAAUGGCAGCCACUCCAGUGAUCCGGGCAAAGCUGUCCAAACUAGUGGAUGAGAAAGAUCAGGGUGCUCUUUUUGCCUCUGUUGCCUGCGUGGAAGGUCUCUGCUCGCUUGUGGCCACAGGAGUGUUCAACUCUCUCUACCCUGCAAGCCUGCACUUCAUGAAGGGAUUCCCCUUUCUGUUUGGGGCAAUAAUUCUGCUUGUUCCAGCUGCUCUUGUUGGGUGGAUAGAAAUCUCGGACACGACACCCGAAUAUGGUCACUUUACGGAUGCUUCCUGAUCCCUCACACAAGCCUAAGCACUGAUUCACCAAAAGAAAAUUAUUUGUGUGGCUGAGCAAGCUGGUUGGAAAGCUGCUGCUUAUUCUGCUGGGAAGAUCUGACCAAUGAGCGUACAAAAUCUCUAAGGUUCUUGCUUAUUUAAAGUUCCAAGUAGCUGGAAAUCAUGGCUUUAAUCAGCCAGUAAAAACCUGAUCCUGGCAGCAGGGUUAGCGCCUCAUGGUCCUGCUGGCUCGGCCUGUCUGGGAAAACACAAGCAAUUUUAAAAGUAAAGGAGUAGAAAGAGAUGCUGCUGAUGCCCAUUUGCAGGUGACAGAGGAGUGAGAACUAAUAGGCCAGGCUGGGUGGCCCAUGGGGGAAUGUGCUCUCCUGCUGAGGGGUUGGGGGCAACGCCAGGGCGCAAAUUCCCCUCUGAACAGAGGGCACUCUACCCUGUUGAGUGGCCAAUAAGCCAUUAGUGUGGAAAAAGAAACUCAUGACCAAACUCACCUCUCCCUCCCGGAAGAGAUGGCACCUGAAGAGCAGAAUGGAAGUAGAGGAAGCCCAGCACUGGCUGAAUAGAUUGUAGAGGGAGAGAGGCAGGCCCGGGCCCCCGUCUGCACCCAAACUGCUUGGGUUGUUUGGUUUUCAAUGUGUCACGUGGACAUCACUAGGUUGGACUUGUUCUGCACUUUACUGCUCAGGCCAGGCUCUUGUAGCAAGCUGAGAGUGAGAAAUAAGUCUUCCUAGGAGUGCGUGUGAGCCUGGAGGGACAUUCUCCCCUUCUGCCUGUUUAGCUGCAGAGCCCAUUCAUGGAAGAACUAAUGGCAGUGCACACAAGUCCCAUGGAGCUCGGCUGUUCUCAGCUGGCAGAUGGGUGUUAGCAUCAGCCGCAGUGCAGUGUGUGCCACAGAGGAGAAGCUGAUGGGGGAAGUGCCAAGGCACGUUACACUGUGCCCUUCUCCUAGUGCCCUUCAGCCCAGGAUUUCAAAGUUCUUUGCAAAGGUGGGCAGUGCAGGUUGGAAGCCUGAGGAAGAUGGGUUAAAGCUAAACCUGUCCCCACAUCCAUAACUGUGGGCACCUAAAUUCUAUAACUGUGGAUUAAGUGACUUCCUAAGGCCACAAAGUAAGCGAAUGGCAGAGCCAGGAUCAAUCUCAUCCUAUCACUAAGCUGAGCUGGAUGAGGGAGCAGGGCAGGGGGCUGUAUUUGCAGGGGGGAGAUCAUACGUUCUGUGGGACGUAAUCUGUCAGCAAGCGGACUGCUGCUUCGCUUCCCAGACAGUGGAAGGUGCCAUUAUGUUUUCACACUGUCACUUGCUCAGCUAUCCCCUGCCGAGGUAGUAACACCUCUCACCAAUCCACGGUGUGCAAAGCCUUCACAGCUAUUCUUCUAACAGCUGUUAAACUUGUUUCCCCUUGAAUAUAUGAUCUGUACAAAAAGAAAAGGAGGACUUGUGGCACCUUAGAGACUAACCAAUUUAUUUGAGCAUGAGCUUUCGUGAGCUACAGCUCACUUCAUCGGAUGCUCAUGCUCAAAUAAAUUGGUUAGUCUCUAAGGUGCCACAAGUCCUCCUUUUCUUUUUGCGAAUACAGACUAACACGGCUGUUACUCUGAAACCGGUGAUGAUCUGUACAGUAAUUAAGUGGCACUGCUGAUAACAAACCCCUUAUGCAAGGUGCUGAGAUAGUCCCUGUGCUGUUUUGUAAUCGGAUUCAUGACAAGGACAAGAUUGCUCAUUCCCAGAAUAGCAAGUCCCUGGUUCCUCUCAUGGCCCAUAAAGGCUGGCCUUGGCAGCAGAGCUGUUCUAUAGAAUCAUAAAAAUGGAAGGGACCUUGAGCGGUUGUCUUCUAGCUCGGCCCCCUCUGCUGAGGCAGGACCAAGUAAACCUUGACCAUGCCUGAUAGCUGUCUGUUUCUAAAAACUUCCACGGAUGGGGAUCCUACAGUGGUAACACAUUCCAAUACUUAAACUAUCCUUACAGUUGGAAAGAUUUUCCUAAUAUCUAACCUAAAUCUCCCUUCCUGCGGAUUAAGCUCAUUACUUCUUGUCCUAACUUCGUGGACCCGGAGAACAACUGACCACCAUCCUCUAUCACAGCCCUUAACACAUCCUCUUUAUAACAGCCAUCCUCUUUAUAACAACCUUUAACACAGAAGACUGUCUUCUUUUCUCAUUUUUUAAAUGUUUCCUCAUACGUCAGGUUUUCUAAACCUUUUAUCAUUUGUGGUGGUGUCCUGUGGACUCUCUCCAGUUUGUCCAGACUUCCUUCCCUGCUUAUCUCUCUCCAUUAUUCUCCUGCUUUUCUCUCUCUGGGUUGAAGACUUUGGAGUAAAAAGCAGCAGCAAAUAAUCUGAUGCCAGGUGGAGAAUGAGCUUAUCAAAGAGCCUGGAGCCAUAAAGAUUAGAGAUAAUCCCCUGAGACUUGCUAGCAGCAACUACAUACUGGGUUAACCUUUUCCUGGGCACUGGAGUGAUGCUCACAGCAGCUCUGAUUCUGUUACUGCCUGUAAAUAUAAUAUGCAGCAUUUGCCAAACCAGCACAAGCUCUUGUUUAGCCCCUGCUCAAGUGGGGAAUGGGGCGAGAUGGUACAUGCAGUGGGAAGGUGUGUGAGGGGAGAACGGUUAUCGGCUGCCUUAGGAGCCUGAUCUGAUCACAGUGGGCCCAUUGUAAGAAUGCUGAGCUAUGUCAAUACAAAGCUCAAUGUGGGGGCUGCCUGGCCAACUCUGAGCUUCAGGCUAACACUGACUUUCCCUACAAACAGGGCAUGCCAGGAGUUCAGGGUUGUGGAUGAAUUUGUAUCUGAAUUCCUCAGUGCAGCACCAGGCCACUAAAUCCUAGCUGAUCCCAUUGGGCUGCAGGUCUGUUCUCCUGGCCAGUAUCACCAGCUGGCAGUGUCUGUACAGUUCGAUUUCAUUGGUCCCACCAUGCUGGCCUUGUGUGUCAGUCAUCCACUGUGUAUAAAGGAAGAAUCCAAUAGGAUUUAUGGAAGAAUAACAGUGCUUUGCUUAAACAAGUUUUUCUAGGCUCUCCUCACAGAUCCUCAAGCCUGGGGCCAAUGCACGACCUACCAUGGUGUGGCUAUGAGCAGCAAGUAUGGUUGUCCUUAGAAUUCAAUGAGCUCCAUGCUCACAUUAAUCCCAAACCCUGCCCGGGACAUCCAGGGCCUGGGUAAAAUGGAGGCUGUUUCUAUAUUAUAUUAUACAGGUUCUUGUAUUGCCCUCAGCACCCCAGUACUUGAGCGCCUUCUACUCAUGCAUUAAGCAACAUGGCUAGCAGUUGUCUCUCAUCCUCUUUCCAGGAGAGAAGAUGUGGGCAGUGGAAUGUUUUGGUAGGUUCCCCCCUCGCUAUGUCCAUGCUGCUCUUUGUGUUUGAGAAGGCAGGUCAGAGCAGUGGCUCUGGUGCUGGGAGUGGGAGUUUGGGCUUAGCUCCCAGGGGAGUUUGUGCACAGUCUCAGACCAGCCCCCCAGCAAGCUCUGUCUCCCACACAGAACAGCUUUAUCCUCAUGGUAGGAAGUUUCACUGCCUGAGAGGUGGAGUUGUUGGCCAUGGCCCUCACCCCAUGCCUUAGACCUGUACAGGUCCUUGUCCUUGACUCUCUUGGCUAUGGGAAACCAGUGUAAAGGGUGGAGGACAGGCCGCAUGGGCUCACAGUAGCCUGUGGUGCUGAGGAGACGAACUGUAGCAUCCUGUACGAGCUGGAGUUUCCUGCGGCCUGAUGGUUUGUGCCUUCCCAAAGGACAAGUUUGUCUGGCCCUGAUGAACAAUAGUGUCCUCUUGCCCUAAAAUCCAUUCAGGUGCCUCUGGGUCAGUGCAGCAUACAACAGGCUCUGCCCCUUCAUUCACCACGCGAGGAGGAGACUCUCGGUAUCAGAUGGCCUGAGUCGGGCCUGCAGUUCUGCUGGGGUUGGAAUCUUCAGACCAGUCCAAAGUGACAUGAGCUGGGCUCAUCCCUGCCCCCUAGGCCUGGGUGGCAGAGAAGGUGCAGGCUGGAGGGAGCAGAGCCUAGGCAAGCCAUGUCCCUGUGCCUAUGGCUGUCUCAGAUCACAUCAGCUGCAGAUGCAUUGCUGUGCCUCCCCGCCCGCUGCGGGCCCGUGGCGUCACGCGCUCAAACCCAAUGCCUCUAAUUGAAAGCAAUUCAUAAUUCAGGAGCCCAUCAUCUCCACUCAUGAAUAAUGAAUACUUUGUAAAUGUUC